AUGGUAAGCUGCUUUGUUUUGAAAUAUCAUAAAGUAAAACACGACACAAGGAACAUAACUCAUCUUUGUUACAAUCCAAUUUCAGACUCUUCAACCCCGUUAUGUUGAUCUUGCGGGUUUAAAAUCACUGCUUCCAACUCAAGUCCACGACCAAAAAGCUCGAAUCAACCACCUAAAUUAUAGUGAAGAUGGGAACUUGCUAAUCUGCUCCGAUGAUAAUGAUUGUAUGAUCGUUUACGAUAUCCAAACAGGUUUGCAGAAUCGAACCGUAAGUUACUUUGUUUUACUUUUAUUUGUUUUUAGAUAAACAGCAAGAAGUAUGGAGUUAAUCUUGUCCAUUUUGUCCGCGGAACUAAAGACGUGAUCAGUGCAUCAACCAAGGUUGAUAGUAAGUUGCAGUAUACUUUUAGCCUUUCAGUUGCUUUAUGAAAGUUAUGCGCUAAUAAUUUUAUAGUAAUACUGUUAAUAACAACUUAAAAGUGGUCUUUUUAGAUACAAUAAGGUACCUUUCGUUGUCAAACAAUCAAUAUCUGCGAUAUUUUGUGGGUCAUUCGAAAAAGUGAGUGAUUUUUUUUAAUCGAAAUUUAGAUUUCAACGUUGCUUACUUGAUAGUUUUAGAGUGGUAACAUUAUGUAUGAAUCCCACAGAAGAGAUGUUUCUUUCUGGAGCGUUGGAUAACACCGUGCGGUUAUGGGAUCUUCGUGUUUCUACAUGUCAGGUAAAAUACUUUAUUUCCCCCAUCUUGAAUAGUUUAUAUUCGUAUUCCUCAAGUUAAAACUUUAUAAUUGUGGUUGCUCCAUGUAAUCCUGAUAUUUUUUAGGGAGUUAUGAAUCUUCCAUCCAGACCAAUAGCCGCUUUUGACCCUGAGGGCUUGAUCUUUGCUGCCGGUAUCAAUUCCGACACAAUAAAGUUGUAUGAUGUUCGAACUUUCGACAAAGGACCCUUCGCCACUUUUGUAAUCCGCCCAGAUGAUGAUUGGAGCGCUGAAUGGACGAACAUGACCUUCUCCCCUGAUGGACAAUGUAUUUUGAUCUCAACGAACGGGGAAUUCCUCAGGGUCGUCAAUGCGUUCACCGGGAAAUUGAUGUCAACGUUAUAUGGGCACGAUAACAGUGAGGUUGGUAAAAAAAAUAACCAAAAUAAUUUGAUUUUGCUAUCAACGAUUGCUUAAAAUUUACCACUGAAUAUUUUCAGAAACUCUCUUUGAAUGGAUGUUUCUCCCCGGACUCCAAAUAUGUGUUUUGUGGAGGAUCUGACGGGCAGUUAACCUGUUGGGAUCGAGAAACUGGCCAGAUUGUCUAUACCUACAAGACCAAUGAUACUCACACGAUUGAACACUGUUUAUUCAAUCAGAAAUACUAUGUUCUGGCUACUGCUUCAACUAACCUCAGUUUGUGGAAUCCUGAGUAA